AUGGGGCAUGUUUCGUUACUUUGCGAUAAAGCAUAUCAGUGGUGGCUCACGGUCAAGGAUGGCUCUCAGCCUGACGGUCUGACGUGGGACUUGUUUAAGAUGGCUUUCCAGAACAAGUAUGUCGAGGCCAGUUAUAUCGACGCUAGGAGGCGUAAAUUCUUGAAUCUUACUCAAAGAGACCAUUCGAUGGCCGAGUAUGAGGCCGACUUUCUGAGGCUGAAUCGUUAUGCGCAAGGUAUGGUGGUGACUGAGUAUGAGCAUUGUGUCCAUUUUAAAGAUGGUCUGAGGGAUAACUUGAGGGUUCGGAUAGCUCCGCAGAGGGAGCGUGAGGUUGCCGUGUUGGUUGAGAAGGCCAAGAUUGCGAAGAAGGUCAAGUGCGCUGAGCGCAAAAAUCGUGACAGAGGGAAGGCUAAGAGGGAGGUAGAGUAUUCAAAUGCUGGGGUGAGGCCCAAGAAAAAGGCUACAUCUGAUGGGCCUGUAAGAGUUGGGCUUACUGUUGCACCUAAUGGGGUGGUGAUUUGUCAACUUUGUAAUAGACGCCAUCCGGGUGAGUGUUGGAGGUCUACUAGAGCUUGUCUUAGAUGUGGGUUUUCUGAGCAUCGUGUUAAGGACUGUCCAUUAAGGACUAAUCGGUCUGACUCGACUCUUGAGGCGCAUAGGCUGCGAGGAUAG